AGCAGCGCUCAAGGGCAUCCGAACCGCUUCUUCGCCUCCAAUGAAGCACAUCAUAAUGGGGAUGCAUGUUUGAAGCCCAAUGCAAAAGUAGCUUCAGGUGUGCCUUGCGGCUCGCAUCAGCAACGUACUGGGGCCAGUAGUUCCCCGCGACUGUUCGGCAGCUACUGCAUGGUGACGAUCCGCCCGAGAGCCCGCCGCAUCCCGCUUCAUCUACCGGCCAUCGGAUGUGGGAUGUUUACAUGCCACCAUGGCACUCGACACCCUCUUUCAUGCGUCUUCUGAGCGUUUGAGUACUCCACUGCACGAUGUCUUCCAAGCCGUUCAAUGUCGCCAUUGUUGGCGGCGGCAUCUCCGGGCUUACCCUCGCAAUUGGCCUCCUCCAACACAACGUACCCAUCACCAUCUAUGAAGCUGCUGCCCACUUCGGCGAAAUCGGCGCAGGUGUCGCCUUGGGUCCCAACGCCGUCCUCGCGAUGAAGAAGAUCUCCCCCGCCAUCACUGCCGCCUUCGAGAAGUGCAGCACCGCCAACAUGGCGCCUGCUAAAGCGAACAGCUGGUUCACCAUCCGCGUCGGCGACGAACGCAGAGCCGACGCCAGCGGCUUCGUCAGACCAGGGAAGAGAGUCGGCGAUGCGCUGUACGACGUCGAGUUGAAUACGGACCGGGGCAGCGGCGGCGUCUACCGCGCGCACUUUCUCGACGAGCUGGUCAAGGUUGUUCCCGAUGGUGUCGCCAAGUUUGGCAAGAAGCUCAAGGAUAUGAGGACUGUGGAGGACGGGUCGGGAGACGUGGUGCUGGUGUUUGAGGAUGGCACGGAGGCGCGGCACGAUGCUGUUAUUGGGUGCGAUGGAAUCAAGGCGACGACGCGGCGGUGGUUGCUUGGCGAAGACGACCCAGCGGCUAAGGCGGUGUUCUCGGGCAAAUACGCCUAUCGAGGGCUUAUACCGAGUGAAGAGGCGACGGCGAUGUUGGGCGACGAGGUCGCCGGCAAUAGCUCGUUCUUCUACGGAUAUCACGGGCAUCUGCUCACUUUUCCGAUCGAGCAGGGGAAGACGAUGAAUGUGGUCGCAUUCAGCUCGUGCAAGGAGUGGAAACACGAUCAAUGGGUCAUCCGCACUUCGAAGGAAGACAUGGUUGCGGACUUUGCGGAGUGGGGAUCCCAUGUACAGAAGAUCGUCCACGCGAUGCAGAAACCAGACAUCUGGGCGCUCUUCUACCACCUCCCAUGCCACACGUACUACAAGGGCAGGGUGUGUUUGUUGGGCGACGCAGCACACGCCUCAACACCGCACCAAGGCGCGGGGGCAGGUGCAUGUAUCGAGGACUCGCUAUUCAUGUCGGAGCUGCUGAAGGAAGUCGAAACGAAGAAGGACAUCGAACGGGCGUUCAAAGCAUUCGAUGAGGUGCGCCGCCCGCGAACGCAGAACAUCGUCAAGACGAGCGAGGAGGCAGGCAGGCUUUACGAGUUUGAGCUCGAAGGAGACGACCUUGAUAAGAUCGAGGCGAACCAGACGCAGAGACAGCGCUGGAUAUGGGACAUCGACUUGGACGCGGAGCUCGCCAAGGCAAGGGAUAUAUACCACAAGACACACACAGGCGCAUAGACGCACCCCAGCAUACCAUAUCAUAUCAUACCAUGUCCACUUAGUCAAUCACAUCGUCCCUCAGCUCGAA